AUGGGUCUCAGAGCCAGAGACACAGGCUUGCACCCUGGUUCUGCCACUCGGCAGCUGAGAGACAUGGUUGGGCUGGAGAUCUUCAGGCUAUUGAGCUUGAAGAAGGUGGAAGCUGGGGCAGAGAAGAAGUCCGGCGGCCGGGGACGCACGGCGCUGCGCGCUCCUUCGCCACGCCGCCGCGCAGCCCCUCCAUCUUCCUGCUCGGCACCCGGCCCCGCGCGCCCCUGCCUAGGGGGUCCCGCUGCUCUCCGGGGCUCUUGCCGGCCCCAACCCCCGGCCCCUGUCGCCUCCCCCCACCCCCGCCCGGGUCCCCCUCCUCCGCCACAAGCGCGCGCGCUCACACACACACACACACACACACACACACACACACACACACACACGCCAGCGAGCUGCUGGCCGCUCAAUGGACCGAUUUCCCCGGUUUCCCUGAACCCAGCCCAGCCCGGGAUGAGAAAUUGCAAAAUGGCCCGGGUCGCCAGUGUGCUGGGGCUGGUCAUGCUCAGCGUCGCCCUGCUGAUUUUAUCGCUCAUCAGCUACGUGUCCCUGAAAAAGGAGAACAUCUUCACCACUCCCAAGUACGCCAGCCCGGGGGCGCCCCGAAUGUACAUGUUCCACGCGGGAUUCCGGUCACAAUUUGCACUGAAGUUUCUAGACCCGUCAUUUGUGCCCAUUACGAAUUCUCUCACCCAGGAACUCCAAGAGAAACCUUCUAAGUGGACGUUUAAUCGGACAGCGUUUUUACAUCAAAGGCAAGAAAUUCUUCAGCAUGUCGAUGUAAUAAAAAAUUUUUCUUUGACCAAGAAUAGUGUUCGGAUUGGACAACUGAUGCACUAUGAUUAUUCCAGCCAUAAAUAUGUUUUCUCUAUUAGCAAUAACUUCCGGUCACUGCUUCCAGAUGUGUCACCCAUUAUGAACAAGCAUUAUAAUAUUUGUGCUGUGGUUGGAAAUAGUGGGAUCCUGACAGGGAGCCAGUGUGGACAAGAAAUAGAUAAAUCAGAUUUUGUUUUCCGUUGCAAUUUCGCCCCUACGGAGGCUUUCCAAAGAGAUGUUGGAAGAAAAACCAAUCUUACCACCUUCAACCCCAGCAUCCUGGAAAAAUACUACAACAAUCUUUUGACUAUUCAGGACCGUAAUAACUUUUUCCUCAGUUUAAAAAAGCUUGACGGGGCCAUUCUUUGGAUCCCUGCAUUUUUCUUCCACACUUCAGCAACUGUGACCAGGACAUUAGUUGACUUUUUUGUUGAACACAGAGGUCAGUUAAAAGUCCAACUGGCUUGGCCGGGAAAUAUAAUGCAACAUGUCAACAGGUACUGGAAAAACAAACAUUUGUCACCUAAACGGCUGAGCACAGGUAUUCUUAUGUACACCCUUGCAUCAGCAAUAUGUGAAGAGAUCCACUUGUAUGGAUUUUGGCCUUUUGGAUUUGACCCCAACACAAGGGAAGAUCUUCCAUACCAUUACUAUGACAAAAAAGGAACCAAAUUUACCACCAAGUGGCAGGAGUCCCACCAGCUGCCUGCUGAGUUUCAGCUGCUGUACCGAAUGCAUGGGGAAGGGCUCACAAAGCUGACUCUGUCACACUGUGCCUAAGAACUCUGAACGGAAAGUGCCAAGUGGCUGUUUAAAAAGUGCCCCAAAUCAAAUUGAAUAGUCUUCAGAAUAGAACCCUAGAGAAUGUCUUAGAAGGAUUGUCUGCCAUUUAAAAGGAAAGAUAUCUUUUCUCUUUUGCACUGCUCUUUUAAGAGUUUUAGCAGAUUUAGCAGGACAGAUGCAUUGAAGCCACAUGGUUUAGACUUGAUUGAUAAAGGGAAUGUUGCAUUUGGGACUAUGCUGCUAACGAAAGGGUUUGAAGUAUUUUCAUGUUUGGAUUUUAAUAAUAAACUGCCUCUCAUUUUUAUGAGGA